AACGUCGACAGCUACAGUGCAUUCAAGGCCGACCCGACCAUCUCAUCGGUCGCCCUUGCUGCUCCGACUCCUUCCGGUUACACUCAGAACUUUCGCAACCUCGCUGGAGCUAGCAACGCUCUUGGGUACCUGGGAUAUGCUGUCGUGAACAAGGGACAAACCGGUUAUGACGUUCAAUGGUGUGCCAACAAGUGUAACUCUAUCUCGGGAUGCCUGAGCUUCAACAUUUACAUGGAAAGAGACCCUGUCCAGGAACCAGGCGGAGCCUGUCAGAACCCUCCGGCUUUCGCGAAUAUCAAGUGCUCAUUCUGGGGUAGUGGGUUGACUGCUGCGACUACCACCCAGAACCAGGGUCAGUGGCAAGCUGGCUUCCAGGUAGCAAUCGCUGGCUCAAACGGCUACACUUCUUGGAAGCUUGGUGGUGCUAUUCCCAACUACGGGAGCCCCCAGAGCUUGAACACCUCGGCCAUGAACGCGCCCCUGGAUGACUGUGCUGGCACUUACACGUACCUUGGCUAUAAGCUAUUCCAAGAGGGACCUUUCAACCCCCUUCUCUGCUCUGCUGCUUGCGAUGCGCAGACUAAGUACAACUUGGAAAAUCCCCCAAAGACUGGCAAGCCCGUCAAAUGCGCUGCCUUCGGCACCUACAUCUUGACGAUGACCAAUAAGACUGGUUCCUACCAGCAAGGUCAGAUGUGCACUCUGUACACGUCAUUCUGGGACAAGGUUUACGCCAAGAACGUGGUGUCGUACGAC